UGAACUGUCAAAUUGACAUUCUUUUAAUUGAAAAAAUAGGAAAUAUUUACUUUAGUGCGUAUUGCGUAACUAAAAAUACUGUCAUGAAUUAUCACAAUCAAAGUGUUUAUUUAGUUUAUUAGUUUUAGUAUGUUUUACUUUAUUAACUUCGUACCUAUUUUAGAUAAAAUGGGUCACCUAAAUAUAAUUGUUUUUUGAGUUCAUUAUUGUAUUAAUUAAAAAUAACCAAUAGAUAAGAUUUAUUUCACGUGUUUAAGUUCUGUCAACUUGUUUUCUUAUCAAAAGUAACAAUGUAUCCUCGUUGUGGAAGUAGCGGAUCUAUUCAGAAUAUACACCAAACGCCUUCAUCUUCUAAUCAAAACACAGAAGAUGAAGAUGACAGUGGUGAUAACAAGACUUCAGCGCUCAGUUUCAAAGAGAGGAGAAGAGAAGCUCAUACUCAAGCAGAACAAAAAAGAAGAGACGCUAUUAAGAAAGGCUAUGAUUCACUUCAAGAGUUAGUGCCAACAUGUCAACAGACUGACGCGUCGGGGUACAAACCAAGCAAGGCAGCUGUCCUCCAAAAAUCAAUAGACUACAUCCAGUACUUACUGCAGCAGCGACGUCGGCAAGAAGAAGAGCGCAAUGCCCUUCGCAAAGAUGUUAUCGCACUGCGCAUAAUGCAAGCCAACUACGAACAGAUUGUGAAGGCGCAACAUUCCGUACCUGGAUUUAAUGAGCAAAGACUGACGGAUCAGGAUAAGUUCCAAGUGUUCCAGGGCAUAAUGGACAAACUGUUUGAGUCUUUCGAGUCGGUCCCAACAAACAACUUCGCCGAGUUUUCCGCUGGAGUAUUUAACUGGCUAGAGGAAUACUGCAAGCCCCAGUCAUUGCGGACGAUGGUUCACGGGGUCCUUAGGGAGCAAAACUACACUCCUUAAAUGUGAUUUAAAUUUAAUGAUUCAUAUUUAUACAGCUCUAACGUUUUUAUGAAAUAUUUAAUGGAAUGUUACAAAAAACUUAUUACAUGUUAAAAGGAAUCAAAUUGGAAUAUAUGUAUUGUAUAAAUGCCUUUUUAUACUCUACAUAUAUUAUAUAUAUCGAGGACUACAUAUCAAAAAGAAGUAUAGACAAAAAUGUAGUUUUACAGGAGCAACAAAAAUGCGAAUAAAGUAAAAAUAAUUGAUUGUAUAUCAAAUAUGUAUAAGUUAUGCCUAUAAAAAUCCGUGUUCUAAAUUAUAGACUUAUCUAAUCAAUUAGUUAUGAAGCCCUCGAUAUUUUGUUAAUAAUUGAGGUUUUUAAAUAACUGGAAACUAUAUCUUGUAUGAUAAAAUUAAUAAAUAUUACGAAUAUUUGGCCUUUUAUACACGGGUGUUUUAUAGAGUACUGAAUGUUUAAAGUAAAAAAGAGAAUACUUUACUGAGAAUAAUUCUUUUUACGAUAUAUAAGAAAAUGUAUUUUUAUAAAUAUUUUAUUCUAUAGUCAUAGUUACAUGUCUAAUUUUUUCGUAAAAAGGCCACAGUUUUUUAUGAAAAAAAAUAUCUUACAGAAAUUCUGAACCGCCCGUUUUUUUAUAUCCUAUAACAAUAACCCGGUAUAUAAGUGUCAUAUAUCUUUAAUUAUUAACAAAAAAAAAAGAGUAAUAGCUCAAACCUAUAUUUAUUAUUGUAAGGAUUUUUAUAAUAUGCGUUUGUUAUCAAAAUUAAAUGGGUUGUUUUUGUUGAAGUUUGGUAUCAAUUGUUGUCACAAUUUUUUAAUGUAUUAUUUGUAAAAGAAUUAAUGCAUAUUAAUAUCUAACAGAGGGUUUUCUAAAAUGAAAACAAUAUUAUUUUAAUACUUUCUAACAUGUGUCAUAGAUUAUAAUAUUAUUAUGGUUGUAUAAGAGAAACUGGGAAGAUGUGAUCCCACCCAUUUUAAAGCAAAAGCAGUUUUAAUUUGAAACAAUUUUUUAAUAUGAAUAAUAUAUAUUUCUAUCGUCCGUUAAAGGUCUUAAAAGUACGUAGAUUAUUGUUUUCACCAUAUUAUAUACUUGUGGUAAACAUAUUGGUACCUAUAAUAUACAUGGUUUUUUUCCGUCUAAUUAUUUUAUGUUAGUUACAUUUCUAGAUAUAACAUUGUGCCUGUGAUAGACUUCUACAAAGGAGGAAAAUGUGUAGUUCAUACAAGUGAAGAGACAUUCAUAAACUAUUUCGUUUUUCAAUUGUGUAAAAACUGCAUAAUAUACUUUUUGGAAGUAACAGUAUAUUUUUGUUCAAAUAGUUUAUUUACAUGAAACAUAAAAUACUAUAGAUACAUUUUGUAAAAUUAUACAAGCAGUUAUUCAUAUUCUGUCAAAAUAUAGUUUGAGAAAAAAUAUAUAUACAUCCAAAGAAAAACACUUUCCGAAAUCAAGAUUUUCAGUUUCAACAAGUUUAUAUACAAAUUUUAUAAGAGCACAUUUUGAAGUAACUAUAUUCCGUCUCGUAACAACUACCCCGUUUCUGUAUUUUAUCCCAUCACAAUUUGGGCUGAGAGAAAAAUAAAUAAUAAGCAUACUAUCUUGGCAUGUCAGAUUCGUCAUUAAAGGUAAUUAGCUAGUUUCAUAAAGAAAUCCUUUAGUUGCUGUUCUAAAUUUUUCCUACUUAGUAUUGUCUCUAUGAACUGGUUGCUUAUAUAAUGAUUACUUACUUAUAAUUAUUUAUACUAAAAUGUAAUCAUUUUUUUUUUAUAUUUUUCUGUUUCCUGAGAAUAAUGUAAAAUGCAUAAUUACAAGAACAGCUUCUUUUCCAUGAGAAUCUUCC